CGUACACAGACAACCAUUCUCACCGACGACGUCAUAUGUACAUGGCAGAUUACUCCAAGUUCUUCGUUGGCGACGCCAUGACGGCUGGACAACUAGACACCGCGGCUGCCUCAGACGAGGAGUCCUCCUUGACCGUUCUCCAUAUCAAGGAAUGGAAGUAUGCGAGGACACCAACGCGAUCGUACGUGGAGUUCACGGUCGUUGUCAACGAGCCUGGUGGAGGUGGAGCAUCGGCAUCCCACCGCGACAUCCGCAUGAUCCAGAAGCGAUACGGUCAGUUCGCCACCUUGCAUCAAGCGCUUGUGGACCUCGGGUUCGCGUUGCCCAAGAUGCCAUCGGGCGACUUGUGGACGAAUGUCCUCAUCAAACUGACUCCGCGUUCGGUCUUGGCACGGCGACGCGAAGAACUUCAGAACAUGUUGACGUGCAUCAGUCAGUCGCAGCAAAUGCAACACACGGCGGCGUUCCUCGAGUUUGUCGCUACGAACUCGUCUGCGACGAACUACACGUCGCUGCGAGAUGCCCAGUUCACGCCUAGUCACUUCAUCAUGCGCCAAGAAACCACGUGAGAUUGCCGCAGUCUUGUCAAAGCACCCUUAAUAUACGACGUUCGGCCUGGUC